AUGCCGCGCAGAGUAUUAAUCGGGUUUGGUGUGGACGUUGACGCGGUUGCCGGGUGGCUUGGGUCGUACGGAGGGGAGGAUUCCCCGCUGGACAUCUCUAGGGGUCUGUACUCGGGCGAAGUGGGCGUCCCUCGUCUACUCAAGCUGUUCAAGAAGUACGACAUCAAAACGACAUGGUUCAUUCCUGAGCAGCAGAAGGACAUCCUCGACCAUACAUACAAUCUACUUACGGCUUUCAACAACGGCAUUCCCCCCAAGGGGAGCGUCGCUCCAUGGUGGGAGACAAGCAGCGAAGGCACGCAGCUGCUUCUGGACAAGGGCAUUGAAUACGAUCACUCGAAUAUGGCACACGAUUCACAGGCGUAUUAUCUUCGCGACCAGGACACUUGGACGAAGAUUGAUUACAAUGCCGCGGCUCACACAUGGAUGAAGCCGCUCCAGCGCGGGAAUAUUACAGGGCUUGUAGAGCUCCCCGCAAACUGGUAUCUUGAUGAUCUGCCGCCCAUGAUGUUCAUCAAGUCAAGCCCCAACUCCCACGGCUGGGUCAAUUCGAGGGAUGUCGAACAGCUUUGGAAAGACAUGUUCACAUACCUGUACAGGGAGGAGGAAGACUUUGUCUUCCCCAUAACGAUCCAUCCUGAUGUCAGCGGCCGUCCGCAUGUCCUACUCAUGCUGGAACGAUUCAUAGAGUGGGUGAACACGCAUGAAAACGUUCAUUGGGUGCGCAUGGAACACAUGGCUCGUGAAUUCCGCGACAAGAACCCUCCUCCUGCGGGCGCUCGCAUGCCGCGUGGCAUGGAGACCACUGGUGCACCUGGGAAUUAA